GGAGACUACUAGGUCGAGUCGAGUUCUAUAGCUUUAACGACGUUAGAAGUCGCCGCUGCAUAAAGAGGGCAUUUACAUUUUGUUUUUGUAUAUCCCAUGAAAAAAUUCUAUACAUAAGCUCAUACUCCUGCACACCAUGCUCUCCUCUCUCCGUUGAAACAACGGCUUUUAAGCACACAAGUGUUUUCUCGACUCGAAGUCUCUCCGUCUCCUUCUUCCUUCUCCGUCUCGGUCUCUCUCCGCAACUCGUUCUCCCGUACGACGUCUUUUUUGAGAGGGAUACGGAAUGGGGAGACAGAAAGGAGAAGGAGGUAAGGGCAAGGGUCGAGCUUCAAGCAGCAGUCUGGCAGCGUCGCUUUUGCCGGCGGGUUCUACGGCCGCCGUUGGAUUCGGUGGUUAUGUCGGCGGCUCUCGUCUCGAUUCUUCUCUUGCUAGCGACGAAGCAAGUUCCUUCGUUGAUAUGGACGGUGAAGUGGCACAACACUUGAAGAGGCUCGGAAGAAAGGAUCCCGUCACUAAGCUUAAAGCUUUGGCAUCUCUAUCUGUGCUGUUCAAGGAGAAGCCUGGGAAGGACAUAGUAUCAAUCAUUCCGCAAUGGGCGUUUGAAUACAAGAGGCUGUUGCAAGACUAUAAUAGGGAAGUUCGACGAGCCACUCAUGACACCAUGACUAAUCUUGUCGUUGCUGUCGGGAGAGAUUUAGCUCCGCACCUGAAGUCUUUGAUGGGACCAUGGUGGUUUUCUCAAUUUGAUCCUGUUUCUGAAGUUUCUCAAGCUGCAAAACGAUCAUUACAGGCCGCCUUUCAAGCACAGGAGAAGAGACUAGAUGCUUUAAUGCUAUGCACAAAUGAGAUCUUUAUGUAUCUGGAAGAAAAUCUAAAGCUCACGCCACAAAAUAUGUCUGAUAAAGCAGUUGCUUUGGACGAGUUGAAAGAGAUGCAUCAGCAGGUGAUAUAUGCAUCAUUACUUGCACUGGCUACACUACUUGAUGUGUUGAUUUGUGUGCAAUUAGAAAGACCUGGUUUUGAAAACUUAACUGUUGAACCAAAACAUGCUUCAAAGGCUCGGGCAACUGCUAUUUCUUCUGCCGAAAAUCUGUUCACUGCUCAUAAAUAUUUUGUGGACUUCCUGAAGUCUCAAAGCCCUGCUAUCCGGUCAGCUGCAUUUUCAGUGUUAAGGAGUUUUAUAAAAAACAUUCCUCAGGCUUUUAAUGAAGUAAAUAUAAAAACUAUAUCUGGCAUGAUACUCGGUGCUUUCCAAGAGAAGGAUCCUGUGUGUCAUUCUUCAAUGUGGGAUGCAGUGUUACUAUUUUCUAGAAGAUUCCCUGACAGUUGGACUUCCUUGAAUGUUCAGAAAGUUGUAUGCAGCCGGUUAUGGUAUUUUCUCAGAAAUGGGUGCUUUGGAUCUUAUCAGGUUUCUUAUCCAGCUCUAGUUCCAUUCUUAGACACUGUACCACCUAAAGCAAUAGAGGGAGAGAAGUUUUUUCUUGACUUUUUCCAGAACCUAUGGGCAGGAAGAAAUCCAUUCCAUUCCUCAAAUGCCAAUAGAGUAGCAUUCUUCCAGGCAUUUAAAGAAUGUUUUCUUUGGGGAUUACGUAAUGCAUCAAGAUACUGUGAGGGAGUUGAUUCCAUCCAUCAUUUUCAAGUCAAUCUUAUUGACAAUAUACUUGUAAAGCUUUUGUGGCAAGACUACAUGUUUUUGGUGAGCUUAAAAACCUCGGAAGGAGUCUUAUCUGGAACAUCUGCAGCUUCAUCUGAGAAAAGUAAUUUACCUUCCAAUAAGAAGACAGCGGAAACAUCAAAUAUUAAGUAUCCAGUGAGCUAUCUUCGAGACUUGGGAAAAUGUAUUAUUGAAAUUCUUUCAGGCAUAAGUUUAAUGGAGCAUGAUCUGCUCUCUACUUUCACUGUAGAAUUUAAGGAAAAUUGCCUGGGUAUGCUGCAGCAAACAGAGAACACAGAAAGAAGCACUGAAAGUGUUGAACAGAUCAUUCAUUUUAUCUUAUUACUGGAGGAACAUGCAGUUCAUAGAGAUGAAAAUUGGCCUUUGGUUGAUUUAGUGGGACCAAUGUUGGCACAAUCUUUCCCAUUGAUAACAUCACUAGAUUCACCAGAGUGUGUGAGACUUCUAUCGGUUUCUGUUUCUGUAUUUGGACCACGCAAGAUCCUCCAAGAACUUUUUAUUCACAAUAAAGGUCACUCUUCUAGUUUGUCUGGUGAUAGGGGUAGACAAUUGAAUGAAGAGCAAUUUAUUCAAAUGUUCAGGGAGAUUUUUGUUCCUUGGUGCAUGCAUGAAGAUAAUAGCUCUACCAGUGCUCGACUUGAUCUAUUGCUUGCCUUGCUCGAUGAUGAAUGUUUCUCUGAACAGUGGGGUACUGUUAUAACACAUGUAACUAACUUAGAACAUUCUGGAACUGUGCCUGCUUACCGAGGUUCCAACCGCAUAGCAAUGUUAGCAAUGCUGUUAGAGAAAGCAAGAGAUAAAAUUACAAGGAAAGUGGGAGAAGAUUCCUAUUCUCAGAAAGGUGCCAAAAUGGAUCAGUGGCAUCAUGACGAUUUAGAGAUAGCUGCUGUUACCAUUGCCAGCUCACUUCCUCCCUUCAGAACUUCUGAUGCUCAGUUUGUACGUGCUGUUCUUGGUGGUUCGAAAGAAGGUGAUGCAACUCCCUUUGUGUCGAGAAAUACAUUGAUCUUGAUAUUUGAGGAGGUUUUCCGAAAGUUGCUCUCUUUCAUUCUAGAGUCCUCUUUGACUUGGGUAAGGGAUGCUGGUUUUCUCCUAGCUGCCAGGGAAAUGAAUUUUGGGAUGGAACUAGAAAGCUCUUCUAGUAUGUAUGAGAUGGGCCAAUUUGCUCUUGAAGUGCUUGAUGGUAGCUUCUUUUGCUUAAAGACACUUGAUGAAGAAAAUGGGCUACUUCAGCGUAUUUCAGCUGCAAUAUUUAUAAUUGACUGGGAGUUUAGCAUAAGAACAGCAAUAGACGAUGCAAUUGAUGAAAAAUUGAACAAAAAUAUUGUGGCCAGAUUGAAUUUUGGUGAAUCAGUGCAUGCUUUUCAUUGUAAGAGAAGUAAUCAGUUCUGGAAAAGCCUCAGCAUACACAGUAGGGGGAGAUUGGGGAGUAUCUUGAUUCAGUGUAUUCGUUCUGCCAUCUUCAGUGAAGAUAGACUAGAUGCCGAUAAUAUCACAUCUUUGUGUUGCUUGUGGAUGCUUGAGGUUCUUGAAUGUUUUUGUCAAGAUCAAGAUGAGGAACAAAAUCUCUUAGAUCAGCUUCUGAGCAAGGGUGAUAUCUGGCCAUUGUGGAUCCGUCCAGAUUUUAAUACCCCAAAGGGAGCAGCUGUGUUGGAAAUUGAAAAUGUGCCCUCUGGCAUUCAUGCCUCUGGGAGUGACAAGUUUGUUUCUUUUGUCAACAAACUUAUCUUGAAAAUUGGUAUAGACAGAGUUAUUGGUUUGGGUAAACAUACUCCAUCGCCCAAGGAAGCAGCCUAUGAACAAGUUACUUCUCGACCUUGGCUUGUUGCUGAAAUGUUGUGCACAUGGAAGUGGCCGGGUGGCAGUGCCAUUGCUUCUUUCUUACCUUUACUGAGUUCAUAUGUCAAGAGUAGAAGUUAUGGUUUCCAGGAAAGCUUAUUGGAUUCUGUUUUCAACAUAUUACUUCAUGGUGCUCUUGUUCAUGGAGGAAGAAGUGCACAUAGUUUUUCAUAUGUGUGGCCUGCUUCAGGUGACGGUGUCAAGGAUAUUAAAGAACCCUUCUUGAGAGCUCUUGUAUCUUUUCUUUAUACUUUGUUCAAAGAUGAUAUAUGGGAAACACAGAAAGUUAAGACACUGUUUGAAUUUCUUGUAAAUAAGCUCUUUAUUGGUGAAGCAAUUAAUAUAAACUGUUUGAGAAUUCUUCCGCCUCUUGUGAAUAUUCUUGUACGAGCACUAUGUCAAAAUGGCAUUGGAUCUGGUGAAUCUAGUAUGGAUGCUAGACUUGAUUCACCAAAGGAGAAUCACAUGCAGGAUGCCCUUGAAGGCUGGCUGCAAAGAACUCUAUUGUUCCCACCUCUGGUUUCAUGGAAAAUAGAAGAAGAUAUGGAAGAUUGGUUCGAGUUGGUUAUAUCUUGUUAUCCUUUGAGUGCAAGCGGGGGUAUACAAGCACUGAAACAGGAGAGAAACAUCAGCACUGUGGAAAGAUCACUCUUGCUUGCAUUAUUUCGAAAGCAGAGACAUGGUGCCAGUGCAUCAUCUGCAGCUAAUCAGCAGCCGGUGGUGCAGAUGUUGCUAUCAAAACUAAUGGUUAUUUCAGUUGGUUAUUGCUGGAAGGAGUUUGAUGAGGACGAUUGGGAGUUUUUGUUGUCUAAUUUAAGGCGUUGGAUUCAAUCAGCAGUUGUAGUGAUGGAGGAAGUUGCCGAAAAUCUGAAUGAUGCUUUCGUUGACAUGUCAUCUUCUGAUAACUUGGAUAUUAAAUUAAAGAAACUGAAGCAAAUUGUUUUGGUUUCAAAUUCAUCACCUAUAGAUAUUGCUACAAAUGCCCUCUUAUCAUUUUCUCUGUUUUCUGGUCAUCUUCUGCAUCAACAAUCUGAAGACUUGAACAAUAUAAAUCCCUUGAGAACAGAAAGAUGGGACCCCAUCAGAGAUCGGAUUUUGGAAGGUAUUCUUCGCUUAUUUUUUUGCACGGGAAUUGCUGAGGCCAUUGCAAGUUGCUGUUGUCAUCAGGCUGCAUCUAUAGUAGCAUCUCACCGACUUGAACAUCGCUACUUUUGGGAGUUGAUAGCUUCAAGUGUUGCUAAUUCUUCACCUCAUGUUAGAGACAAAGCAGUGAAAUCUGUUGAGUUCUGGGGCCUAAGCAAAGGGCCUAUUAGCUCUUUGUAUGCCAUCCUUUUUUCGUCCAACCCAGUUUAUUCAUUGCAGUUUGCUGCUUAUUUCAUGCUUUCAACUGAACCCGUUUCAAAUUUAGCUAUCACUGGAGAAGGCCCUGCAAUGUGCCUGGAUAGUGAUUCUACAGUUGACCAGGAUCCUCGCAAUCCAGAUUUGUCAUCAAAACAGAAUAUCCAUUUGAGGGAGGAAAUUUCGUGCAUGAUUGAGAAGUUACCUUAUGAGGUUCUUGAGAUGGAUUUGGUGGCACAAAAACGGGUAAAUGUAUUCCUUGCUUGGUCUUUGUUGUUAUCGCAUUUGUGGUCAUUACCAUCAUCAUCACCUGGGAAGGAUAGACUGGUCCAGUAUAUACAAGAUUCUGUGAGUUCAGUUAUUUUAGAUUGCAUUUUCCAGAAUAUACCGGUCGAAUUGUGUAUGACACAUAGUCUGAAGAAGAAAGAUACAGAGCUUCCUGCUGGGAUAUCAGAAGUUGCAAGUGCAGCAACGCGUGCCAUUACGAUGGGUUCAUUGUUGUGCUCUAUGGAAUCUCUUUGGCCUGUUGAAGAAGUGAAAGUAGCUUCACUUGGUGGAGCAAUAUUUGGUGUGAUGCUUUGUGUUCUUCCUGCUUAUGUUCGAGGGUGGUUUAGUGAUUUGCGUGAUCGGUCUGUAUCGUCUGCAAUUGAAUCCUUUACACGAUCAUGGUGCAGCCCUCCUCUCAUUGCAAACGAGUUAUCUCAGAUUAAGAAAGCCAAAUUUGCUGAUGAGAAUUUUUCAGUUAGUGUAAGUAAAUCAGCGAAUGAGGUUGUUGCAACCUAUACAAAGGAUGAAACGGGAAUGGAUCUAGUUAUCCGUCUUCCUGCAUCUUACCCCUUACGCCCUGUGGAUGUUGAUUGCACCAAGAGCCUAGGGAUUAGUGAAGUGAAGCAGAGAAAAUGGUUAAUGUCUAUGAUGUCAUUUGUCCGCAAUCAGAAUGGAGCUUUAGCAGAAGCUAUUGGAAUAUGGAAGCGCAACUUUGACAAAGAAUUCGAAGGUGUUGAGGAGUGCCCUAUCUGCUACAGCGUCAUCCACACUACCAACCAUAGCCUUCCACGGCUGGCUUGCAAGACCUGCAAGCACAAGUUCCAUUCAGCCUGUCUCUAUAAGUGGUUCUCAACUUCUCACAAAUCAUCUUGCCCUCUGUGCCAGUCUCCAUUCUGACCUAGACCAUCAACAUCGAGUCGUGCGCAUGAGUUUUGCUGCUCUGAUUUCCAUUAAAAAAUACACAUGGGGAAAAAAAGCGGUUGAAGGAAGAAUACAUUGAGAGAAAAUAACUCUUAUACAAUAUCGUGUAAACGGAGUGGAUAAAAAGGACAGCAUGGGUGUAGGGGCAAAAUUGUAAGCUCCUUCUCAAACUCCGAUAUUUGAACUGAUCCUAGUCAACGUGUUAUUGUGAUUGAUUGGCAUUGCAUAUGUAAGAAAAGCGAGGAAACGGUUCAUAAUCUCUUGCUUCACUGCGAGAUGGGCAUUUGAUAAACGGAUCGAUCCGCAGUCAUCUGAGCUUUGAUGCCCAACUCCUGCUCUGCUUUUUUCUUGCAAUGACAGAACAUAUAUCCAUAAGACAAGUAGUGAUUUAGAUUUCAUGCAGAUGGAAAUGUAGGUUUCACAAUGAUAUUCUGUCUAAGGCUGUAACCAUAUAUCAGAAAAUAGAACAAAAGGUCCCUGCAAGUAUUGUAAAGCUGAAUAUCUAUCUCAUCACAAUGAAUUAUAGAGUUCUCAGUUUGUUUUUCUUUCAAA